GGUAGUUUCUCUCUUCCUACACAUACCAUAAGUAUCAACCUAGUUGCAACGCGCCCGGGCCACGAUUGACGUGCCAAGCCGUAAGGGAGAUGGGUCGCGAGCGACGCCAAACUCGAGAUGCACCAGUGCCAUUCUCUUUACAGCAUACUAUUGCCCAGGUGGCGCGAAUACAAGCGUAUGCAGUACCAUUCCCUGCUAGUCGCCUGGGCUGAAGCCUCCAGCCUUGCUGGGGGCAAAUUCUAAGAUAGAUUCGGCGAUGCUCGUGGGCUAGAUAGUCCUAAUGAUCACAUCUGACCUUAGAACGCCUAACCAACUUGGUCAGCAUUUAGCCAUUGGAUCUUUCGUUUAAGAAUAGAAGUCUAUCAUCCUCCCAAAAGACACGGUAUGCUUGAUAGGAGACCCCGAACAUCUUAUUUGAAUCACGCGUCAAUAUCAAAAUCCCUUCAGCUCGAUCAUUAUUGCUAUUGCUACUAGGGACAUGUAUAAGUAGCUAUUCUAUAAGGACAUCGGCGUCAAAAUCCCCAUAGCGAAAAUGGCAGCUCGUUAUAAGCAUACAGGUGCAAUCGACAUGCAAAAUCGCACGCGAAAGGAACGUCGUUUCGAUGAGACCGAACACGACCUGCCCGACUUCUCUCCGUCUCCGUCUGCGUCCGCUCUGAUAUCGACCGACAAAGCCUAUCAGCUCCUUUCUUACCUCGGUAAUAAGAACCCUUUUCCACGCUCGAUCACGAACGAAGACACUAUUUGGUUACUCGACAAUACUGCAUAUCAUAACGAGAAGACGGGGAAAUGGGAAGCAGAAUUUGUGGCUGCUGCCUUCUCUCAAAAUUCAUACUGCGCUAUCAUUGACGCUGUAAAUGCUGUCGCUACGAAGAUCGACCUUGACGAGAAGGACCCAAAUUACCCUACCGUAGAGGCGCGCAUUCGACCAUUCCUGCAGAAUAUCAAGCCGGGGGCUCAGGUCAAAGCGCUUCAGAGAGGAGAUCUACCACUCAAGCUUGGUCCCGGUGGCAGGAAUGGUAUAAGUAGUGACAUCAAGGGAUUACCCGAUAAUGGAGGGGGUGCGCUUAUUCCUACGUUUGCCGAAGUACCUAAAGGCGCAAAUGGCCUCCUCGAAAUGAAGACUUUUUAUGCCGAACCUGAAGGCUGGGGUGUAAUAUCUGAUAUCGAUGAUACAAUUAAGAUAACUCAGACAAGUGAUCCCAUCGGUAUCCUUCGCACGACUUUCCUCGACAAACCUGAGCCCUGUCCCGGAAUGCCUAAGCUAUACCAAUUCAUCCAUUCCCUUAUUCAAGAGACUUCGCCAUGGUUCUAUCUGUCUGCCUCGCCGUACAAUUUAUAUCCAUUCCUACGCGAUUUCCGUCAGCAGAACUAUCCACAUGGCACCAUUAUCUUGCGUGAUGAAAGUUGGAUGAGUUUGUCAGGUUUACUAACAACUCUCACUCUUGGUACGGAAGACUACAAGAUUGAUCGUAUAGAAAAGAUCCAUUCAUGGCUUCCUAGGAGAAAAAUGAUAUGCAUUGGUGAUUCGACCCAAUCUGAUCCCGAAGCCUAUGGCGAGACUUAUCGAACAUACCCCGGUUGGGUCAAGAUUAUUCUCAUUCGUAAAGUGGAAGACAUCGCAGCUAUUGGUAUCGAGGCAAAAAAUGAACCGGAGCGAUUCGAGAAAGCCUUUAAAAACGUACCCCGCGAAGUGUGGCAUGUAUUUUCAAAUCCAGCCGAGUGCCAUAAAAUCAUCCAGGAUGCUGUAUCAAAGCGUGCCGGAUGAUAUACGAUACUAUUGACAUUUUCCUAACAAAUCAGCAUGCAUACUUUGGGCCGAGAUCUUCGGGUGCGUUGAAUAAUUCUACUGUGUCUCCCCCUACCUUGAUACCCCUAUCUUUUUGCGAGAUUAAAUGUGCUUGUGCGGCGUAUACGGUUUCAUUUCUUACAAAUGUUUAUUUGAUAUCGCUGGUAGGAAGAUCUUGGCUGGACCUAGAAUAUAGACCUGCAUACAAUG